AUGAAUGGAACAGUUCAAAAGGUUAAUACCAUGGAAACCAACAUUGGUUUAUUAGAUAAUAGAAUUGGAGAAGUCCAAGGGUUUAUGGGAACAAUGAAUGGAACAGUUCAAAAGGUUAAUACCAUGGAAAUCGACAUUGAUUCAUUAAAAAAAUCUACUUCGACCACAUCAGAGUCCUUAAAAACCACUACUAGAAAGGUUAACAAAAUGGAAACCUCAAUUAAAAGUAUCUUGAAGAAGCGUAUGGAUAAUAUGGAGUCAAAUAUUCAAGACCUAAAUAAGGAAAUCCAAGGUUUACGGCUGCUGAAUUCUGAACUUGAGAAAAGGAUCGACAUCAAGAUUAAACAAGAAAAAGAUAUCAUUGGGGAUAGUAAUAUUAGAAUUAAUGAAGGCCAAAGUGAAAUGUCAGUAGAUACUUCUCAAUCUCUGGAAGAUGUUUAA